ACGCCGACGAGUUUCGGCAGUCUGACGAGAACCGCGCGAUCGAAUCGUUCACGUAUCGUCACGGAUCCACAUACGCACACACCGAGCACGACCAACCGUUUUUUCCACGACCGAGGCGAGCCCAGUCGCAACCGCCGCCGUUUCAGAAUGAAACCGAACAUGCGCGCCGUGCUACUGUGGUGUUUGGCAUUUGUUGCAUCGGCCUUCGGGCAAACGGACGUCAAUGGAUUUUAUACCAUUGUGGCCCCAAAAGUAUUGCGGCCGAAUUCAGAAUAUCAUGUUGCAGUGAGUACGCACGGGACCACAUCGCCAACAACAGUAGUUGUGGACGUUGGCGGCAAACAAGACAGCGGAGGCAUUCUGAAAGUUACGCAAUUCGUCAAAGUUGACUCGUAUUCGACUAGAAUAAUAAGGCUCGAAAUUGGCGACGUCGGUCCUGGUAAUUACAAUUUAAGCGCUCGAGGUUCGGGCGGCUUGGAGUUUUUCAACUCUACAGCACUCGAGUACAUCCACAAGAGUUAUUCGGUGUUCAUUCAAACCGACAAAGCCAUUUACAAACCGGGACACAAAGUGCAAUUCAGAGCCAUCGUGCUAAACUCUCAUUUGAAACCAUCCGUUACGGGAGCUUUGGAUAUUUACAUUACGGACGGCAAAGGCAAUCGCGUGAAACAUUGGAACAGAGCGCUGACCACCCGAGGAGUCUUCACGUCCGAAUUCCAAUUAUCCGAGUCACCGGUGCUCGGCGACUGGAACAUUGCCGUCACUGUACUGGACCAAGUUUUCCACAAGACGUUCACCGUUGCUGAGUACGUUCUACCGAAGUUCGAAGUGACCAUUGACGUGCCCAAACACUCUACGUUCAAAAAGUCCGAAAUACAAGCGACCAUUUAUUCCAAAUACACGUAUGGUAAAAAUGUCAGCGGUAAAGCCACCAUUUCUGUGUACCCGGUAUACUUUAGUGGAAGCGUCCAGCCCAUAUACGAAAACCCGUUACGAAAAGUUGUGCCGAUUAACGGAGAAGUAGUUGUGAACUUCGAUGUUGUCAAGUAUUUAAAGUUGGAGAACGAUUACGACAGAGAAAUUAAAUUCGACGUCACCGUCGAAGAGGAACAUACCGGCAGAUCCCAGAACACGUCGGUAUCCGUAAUGAUGCACAAACACGAAUAUAAAAUGGAGUUGAUCAAAACAUCGGAUUUCUUUAAGCCCGGACUCAAGUACACAGCUUUCAUCAAAGUAAGUCAUCACGACGGUACGCCGGUACACGAUCAGAAAAAUCCGGUUAUAGUGCGACAUGGAUACUCGAACGAGGAAGUCGAUUACAAGGAAAACAAAUACAUGUUACCCAACAACGGUUUGAUCCCGUUGGUUUACUAUCCACCGUCCGACGCCGUAUCGCUUGGCUUCGAGAUGAAGUACAUGGAUCUUACCGAAUGGUUCCCGUCCAUCGGUGCCGCGCAUUCGCCGAGCAACACCUACGUGCAGGCCACCGUGUUGACGGAAAACCCUACGGUGAACAGGGACGUUGAGAUACAGGUGAACUCGACGGAGAGCUUGCAGUACAUCAGCUACCAGGUGAUCGGCCGAGGUGACGUGAUCGUGGCCAGCACCGUUCAGAUCCCGAACGCCGGGCAGCGGACGGCCAUCGUCCGGUUCUUGGCCACGUACGCGAUGGCGCCCACGGCCAGGGUGAUCGUGCAGUUCAUCAAGGACGGCGGCGAAGUGAUAGCCGACGUGGUCGACAUCGAGCUCGACGGAGUGCUGCAGAACUAUAUUAAAAUGGACGUCAGUCGUGACGAAGCCGAACCCGAUACGCCGAUAGACAUCAGCUUCGAGGCAAAACCCAAUUCGUACAUCGGCAUUACCGGCAUCGAUCAAAGUGUUCUAUUGCUGAAAACCGGAAACGACAUAACGCACAAAAACGUUUUGGAUGAACUGAGAACGUACGACGCCGGUGAAAAAUCCGAUUCUGCCGAAAGAUCGAUGCUUUGGUGGCCAGGUUCCUUCACAGCUCAUCAAGUAUUCGAUAAAUCCGGAGCAACCAUAAUAACCAAUGGCUUCGUAAACGACUACGAACCUUCACUGCCGUCCGGCAAGAAUUUUUUUGUGGCUCGGCCAAGCCCGUCGCCCGGCCUACCGGUGGUGAAACCGGACAACGGGCCGGCCUUCGCCAUACGGCCGGUGACGCGACCGCCACUGGCCGGGCCGUACGCGUUCUCCCGUAUACCGGCACCGGUGUGGAACAAGCCUCGCGUCUUUCUAUCGCACGCGCUACAAGACACUUGGCUAUUCACUAAUCUAUCCACAUGGCAAGAUGGACGAGCAUCCUUGAAGUCCAAAGUGCCUGACACAAUCACUUCGUGGGUGAUAUCAGCAUUCUCAAUCGACUCUCUUUACGGUCUUGGCCUUCUUGAUACACCCAAAAAGCUAAAAGUAUUCAAGCCGUUUUUCAUUUCCGUUGAUUUACCGUAUUCCGUGAGAAGAGGCGAGAUCAUUGCUAUCCCAGUGGUAGUAUUUAAUUACAUGAGGAAGGAUGUUACAGCUGACGUAACUUUAGAAAACAUUGGUCAGUUCGAUUUCGCCGACUAUACCAAUGGAAACAGUAAUGAAGUCAAAGAUACAAAAUUGGAACUAUACCAAAGAAAAAAACUGUAUAUCAAAGCAAAUUCUGGAAGCACGACAUCAUUCUUGAUAAAAGCCAAAGCUUUAGGACACAUUAGUAUCAAGUUGACCGCUAAUAGUCCAUUGGCUGGCGAUGUUAUAGAUAAAAAAUUGUUGGUUAAGCCGGAAGGAGAAACUAUCUAUAAAAACCAAGCAUUCUUCGUGGAUCUCAGGAAAGAAACUUCGUUUGAAAAAAAUAUAACUUUAGACAUUCCUCAGAAUAUUGUCCCCGAUUCCGAGUUCAUUGAAAUUGGAGCAGUUGGUGACAUAUUGGGACCGAGUACGAUGAAUUUGGCGUCUUUGAUUCAAAUGCCGUUCGGUUGCGGCGAGCAAAACAUGUUGAACUUUGUGCCCAACAUAGUUGUUUUAGAUUACUUGAAGAACACGAGACAGCUGACGACCGCCAUUGAAACGAAAUCGUUGAAGUACAUGGAAACCGGAUACCAACAGGAGCUAACGUACCGCAGAUCAGACGGCUCAUUCAGUGCUUUCGGUUCAGCGGACGCAAGCGGCAGCACGUGGUUGACCGCGUACGUUGUCAAGUCAUUCAGACAAGCGAUGCCGUACAUACCAGUCGAAGAGAAAAUCAUCCUCGAUGGUCUGCAGUGGUUAUCCAACAACCAGGCCAACAACGGUAGCUUCCCGGAAGUGGGCCAUGUCAGCCACAGCGACAUGCAGGGCGGAUCGUCUAAAGGACUGGCGCUCACCGCUUAUACGCUGAUCGCAUUCCUGGAGAACCAAAAAGCCACGCCAAUCUACCGAAACACGAUCAACAAAGCCAUCGAUUACGUGGUGAAAAACUUCCCGGGGACGGAGGACCCCUACGUGUUGGCCAUAUGCUCGUACGCACUACACUUGGCCAACCAUCCAGAAAAGAACGUCGCGUUCAACCUGCUCGAGCUGAAAGCCACUACGUCCGACGAAAAGAAAUGGUGGAAACGCGUGGGCCGCGCCAACGACAAGCAAAACCCGUGGGCCCGGGAACCCAAUUCCGUCGACAUUGAAAUGACGGCGUACGCUUUGCUGACGUAUUUACAACGGGAACUCGUUGAAGACGCGUUGCCGAUCCUGCACUGGUUGAUAUCUCAACAAAACGAACAGGGAGGAUUCGCGUCCAGCCAGGACACCGUGAUCACGUUGUACGCGCUUUCUCAGAUGGCACAAAAAGUUACGCCGGGCUCGAUGCGAUUAUCUGCCACGUUUUCGUACAUGAAAAGUGGACAAACUGAACUCAAAGUGACGCAAGAUAAUGCCAUGGUGUUGCAACUGGUCGAACUUCCAAAGCAGACGCGAUUUGUAAACAUCAAGGCCACCGGAACAGGGUUCGCUAUUGUGAAAGUGUCGUACAGGUACAACGUGAACGUUACCGGUGCUUGGCCACUGUUUUCACUGGACCCACAAGUAAGCAAAUCCUCAAACGCCAACUUCUUGCAGCUAUCGGUUUGCUCGGGACUCUUAGAAGGAGACGAGAGCAACAUGGCCAUAAUGGAAGUGACACUACCCUCUGGUUAUACCUUGGAUAACGAUGCAUUACCAAGCCUUCGAGUGUCUAAUAACAUAAAACGAAUUGAAACUAAAGAUGGAGAUUCAGUUGUUAUGUUAUACUUUGACAAGAUGAUGAAGAAAGAGUACUGUCCAACCAUAUCGGCGUAUCGGACGCACAUGGUAGCCAAACACAAGCCAGUGCCCGUCACCAUGUACGAUUAUUACGACCAGUCGAGACGCGCCAGAGCAUUCUACGAACCAAUGGUGGCAAGUCCGUGUGAUUUAUGCGAAGACGCCGAUUGUUCGAAAAUUUGCAAAACGAUGCCGACGACGACGGAGAGCUCCGGCUCAUCUCCAGUGCGCGUCAUGCAGCUAACAACAUCCGUCAUUGUUUCCGUUUCGAUCUUACUCAUUCAGUACUAUUGAUUUCCUCUCAUAUUUAUUUUUCAACCUAUCUUAACUUUUACAACACCCGCGUUGUAAAGGGAGAAAACAAGAGAGAGAAAAUGGCAUUGAUGAUAAUAUUCAUAUUUUUCCUCUUUUUAUUUUAUUUUAUUUUAUUUU